AUGUCAAAAAAAGCACAAGAUCCAGGUUGGGAACAUGCCUAUCCUCCAAUUGAGAAGGAUCGAACUCGAGUGAAGUGUAAGUAUUGUCAAAAUGAGUACAAUGGUGGGAUAAGUAGGUUUAAGAGGCACUUGGCAGGAAUUAGAGGGGAUGUUGCUCCUUGUGCGCAAGUUCCAGAAAAAGUAAAAGAAGAAAUGUCUAAACUUAUUGGAGUGAAGAGACAAAUGAAGGAGCACAAGGAAGAAGCUCUUAAGCAAUUAAGAGGUGAGGUUAAUAUCACUGACAUGGAAGACUAUUCAGAUUAUGAAACAGGAGAAAUACUUUCUAAAAGAAGUUGUGUUGGGUCGAGCAAGAGUACACAGAAAGGACUCAUUGAUAGGUUUUGCAUCCCCACUCCUGAAGAAGCUUUGCGAAGGGGCAAGGAUGUUCAACCCACUAUAAAUGAGAAAUUGAAAGAGAAAGAAAGAGAAAGAACAAUUCAAUACAUUGCUCGGUGGUUUUACGAAGCGGGAAUUCCUUUCAAUGCAGCUAGUCUUGAAAGUUUCAGUUUGAUGCUAGAAGCAAUUGGACAAUAUGGUCGGGGAUUGAAAGCUCCUACACCAUAUGAGCUUAGAGUACCUUUAUUGAAGAAAGAAGUAGAAGAGACAAAAGCAUUCUUGAAAACUCAUAGGGAUUGUUGGGAAGCAAAUGGAUGCUCAAUCAUGACGGACGCGUGGACCGAUAAAAGAGGUCGGAAUUUGAUGAACUUGGUGGUAAAUUGUGAGUUGGGAACUUCUUUUCUUAGAUCAAUUGAUUCUUCUUCGGAGGUUCAUGAUGGUCCUUUUAUAUUUAAGUUGGUUAGUUCUUGUAUUGAUGAGAUUGGAGAGGAAAAUGUGGUUCAAGUCAUCUCCGAUAAUGCAUCAGCGAACAUGGCGGCUGCAAACUUAUUAAGAGCCGAACGUCCUAAUAUCUUUUGGAGUCCAUGUGCCGCUCACUGCAUUGAUCUAAUGCUUGAAGAUAUCGGAAAGUUUCGGCAAGUAAAAAAUACGAUUACUAAGGCAAGAAUGGUGACAGUUUUCUUGUAUGGGCAUACGAUCACGCUCAGCAUGAUGAGGAAGUUCACCCAAAAAAAAGAUUUGGUAAGGACUGGAGUUACUCGUUUUGCUACUGCUUUUCUAAGCUUGCAAAGCAUUAUGUUGAAGAGGAAUGAGCUACGGACGAUGUUCACCUCCAAGGAUUGGGAUGAGUUUGAUGGUGAUAAGGUGCCAUCCAUGGGCUAUGUGUAUGGUGACCUGGAAAAUGCUAAAAAAGAAAUUGCUUUGCACAUGGACAAUGAUGAGAAAAAAUAUCGUCCUGUUUGGAACAUUAUCGACUCAAGAUUUAAUGACAAGCUUAAGACUCCAUUACACAAGGCAGGCUACUUCUUGAAUCCCUUUUUUUACUAUGCCAGAAAAGAUGAAAUUGAUAGCAAUGCAAGUAUCAUGGAUGGUGUGCUUGAGUGUCUAUUGAAAUUUUAUCCAAAUGAUCCAAGUAAGCAAGAUAAGAUACUUGAAGAAUUGCCAUUGUACAAAACUGCUUCGGGAUCAUUUGGGAGGGAAAUUGCGAUAAGACAAAGACAAAAGCCUAAUCUUAAUCCAGCCCAUUGGUGGAGUAUGCAUGGGACGGAUACUCCUUUCCUACGUAUUAUGGCAAUGAAAAUCUUGAGCUUAACCUGUAGCUCCUCAGGCUGUGAAAGAAAUUGGAGCACCUUCGAGAUG